AUGACGUCGCUCUUUGCGGGUGAUCCACCCGCUGGCAGCGCAGCAUGGAUGCCGCUAUUGCUUGAGCACGGGCUGGACCAGCUCCCCCUGCCCGGCCACGGAGGCACGCGUGAGCGAUGGCGCGCGCUGGCGACGGUGGGCGCGUUUGACCUGUCACUCACCAAACUCUAUGAGGGCCACACCGAUGCGCUGGCCAUCAUGGCUGAACUCCAGUCGCAGUCACAAGAAACUCGCGCAGGCGUGUGGUGUGUGUGGGCCGCAGAGGCACCCGGUGGCCGCGUGAUUGCACAACCCGGUGAUGACGGCAGUGUCACGCUCAGCGGCAGCAAGUUCUGGUGCUCGGGCGCGACCUGUGCAGACCACGCACUGCUCACCGCCUGGGGGGAAAACGGCAGCGGCCCACACCUGGUUGCGGUAGACCUGCACCAGAGUGGCAUCACGGUGGAUGCCAGCCACUGGAAGGCCGUGGGCAUGGCGGGAAGCCUGAGCGUCAAUGUGAGCUUUGAAAAUGCACAGGCAAAGCGCAUAGGCAGCGACAAGGACUACCUGACCCGGCCAGGCUUCUGGCAGGGCGGCGCCGGCAUUGCCGCCUGCUGGUAUGGCGGGGCUGUAGGUCUUGCGACGGCACUGCGGCAGUCCAUGCUUAAAAGCAUUUCCAACCAUGCGUCCAGAGAAAUUGCCAUGGGAAAGGUGGAACUUGCGCUCGCUGAAACCGCCUCCCUUUUGAGGCAUGCCGCGUGGUGGAUAGAUACCCACCCGACAGCAGAUGCCAGCAAGGUCGCGCUGGCCGCAAGGCUGUCCGCUGAGCGGUGUGCAAAAACUGUGCUCGACGAGGUGGGGCGUGCCAUGGGUGCCACGCCCUUCUGCCUGGAUGAAAAAUUCGCACGGGCAGCAGCCGACCUCCCCGUGUUCAUACGCCAGAGCCACGGUGACCGGGAUUUCGCUGCCCUUGGCGAACGGUCCCUGAAGCAGGGGGCCAGCGCAUGGCAGAUCUGA